AUGGAGACGCCGCCGCCGACGCGCGCGCGCGAUCGUCGCGCGCCGUCGACGCCGUCGACGCCGCGGCCGCGGUCGAUCUUGCGGCCGAGCGGGUCGUUUCGAACGACGCGCGGCGGCGACGGCGCGAUGCUCGCGGACGAUCGACGACGACGGUCGAACGGCUCCGAAGCGACGAGCACGUGGCAGGCCGCGCUCGAGAGCUACUACGAGGACUGCGGCGGCGCGAAGGCGGCGAAGGCGGCGUCCGUCGCGCGCGAGCUCGAGUCCCCGACGUCGCCGACGAGCGUCCUCCUCGUCGACGCGAUCGAGGACGACGCGCGGAGCGACGCGUCGAGUCCGAGCCCGCGCGUCUCAUCGUCCGGCGUGCGCGAAAAAACCGUUGGCGUCGACGACGACGCGAACGACGACGACGACGCGACGACGCCGAUGCCGCUUCCGCCGCGCGCGCGCCGCGUCUCCUUCGACUUCGACGUCGUCAUCGACAUCGGCCCGCUGCGGAAGCUCUCGCGCGAGAAGAACCCGCACUGGCCCGGGCAGGUCACGCUGCAGCGCGCGAAAAGCGACGUCUCGCGCGUCGUCGCCGCGCUCGCCGCCGCGUUCGCGUUUCGACGACCGCACGUCAUCGCCGAGGCGCGAUCCGCGAGGACGUGCAGACGACGACUGAAGGCGGGGAAGAGGAACGCGCGCGAGAACCGCGACUACAACAUCCGGUUCAGCGAGCGAGACGCGGCGGUGACGCGCGCGCUGUUCGACGAGUUCGAGCGCGAGGACGGAGGACGGAGAGGAGGCGCGCGGGAGCGAGGAGAGACGAGGGACGACGCGAGAAGGUGA